AAUGCAUCAUCAGGUUAAGCGCUCACUAAGUGCGUUAUGGAAUUAGAAGCAUCCUGAAGCAUUGUUGUGACUUUGGAGGGGUGCCUCACAUUGUGCCCAUCCUAUAUUUUAAUGUAUCCCCCUUCCGCUCCCUCUCGGACCCUCUCCCAUCAUCCCCAGUGCCAAACUGGGAGCCUGUCUCUAUGACAACGUGGUGCAGGCGGGGUUUUCCAGCUGGAGGCAGAGUCAAUCAGUCUUCAGUUGGCAUCGGGUGCUUUCGAAACCUCCACACCGCAUCACGCCCUGAGUGGAAUGGAAGAAAAGGACAAGAAAGAUCAUGGGGAGUACACCGGAGAGAUAAAGGGUGGACUGCGGCCUUCAAUGAAGCUGGUAGUUAUGGGAAUUAUCAACAAGAAGCCUAAGAGCAUGGAGGUGAUUCUGUCCAGUCACCCUCAGGAGGAAGAGGAGGAGGGCGACGUGGGUCUUCAGCUGAAGGUCAACUUCAUGGACAAAGCCGUCCAACGUAACGCCCGCCUGACUGGGAAGUGGGGAAAAGCUGAAACUACACUCUCCUUCUUUCCAUUUGCAGCCGGGGAAUCCUUCAAGAUGGAGAUCGUCUGUGAACACCAGCAGUUUCGUAUCCUGGUGGACGGCCAGCCUCUCUGCGGCUUCACCCACCGGUUCUCCCCGCUCGCCUCCCUCACUGCCUUACGAGUCUUCGGAGAUCUACAGCUCACCAAGGUGGCCUAACACCAGCGACAGAACAACAAACACAUAGACAGGGAUGUUCGGGGACGGGGAAUACAUGACAUUAGAGCCAGUUUUUCAGAGAGUAAAUUAAUCCAUGAUGGAAGUUAAACCUGCCUCGUAAUCACGUGUUAAGACAAAGUGCCUUCACUAGAUUACCUAUUUGGACACUUGAUUUUAAUGACCGACAGUCAUAAAUGUCUUGAAUAAACCGAAGAAUGUGAUUUGAUCUGA